GCCGCCCAUUGGGGGAAGCGGCGGCUGGCGCUUCCGGUGCGUUGCGGCCGGGUGUGGGCCGGGUGAGGCUCGGCGGGAUCGUGUCCGGCGGCGGCAGCGGGAUGGAGCGGCCCGAGCGGGCUGCGGCGGCGAUGGGCGCUCAGCCCCGCGCCAACGGCUGCAGCGGCGCGGCACACGGAGCGCUCCGCAACGGAUACGUGCGAGGCCUGAGCGCUACGGACACACAGAUAAAUCACAUCGUGCACAAUGGAGGAUUAUACAAGAGGCCUUUCAAUGAAGCUUUUGAAGAAACACCAAUGCUGGUUGCUGUGCUGACCUAUGUAGGCUAUGGUGUUCUCACUCUCUUUGGGUAUCUGCGAGAUUUCAUGCGGCAGUGGAAGAUUGAGAAGUGUCAAAAUGCAAUAGAAAGAGAAGAACAAAAGGAUUUUGUGCCACUUUAUCAAGAUUUUGAGAACUUUUACACCAGAAACCUCUAUAUGAGAAUACGUGAUAACUGGAAUCGUCCAAUUUGCAGUGUGCCAGGGGCCAAAGUGGACAUGAUGGAGAGAGUUUCACAUGACUAUAACUGGACGUUCACGUACACAGGGAGAGUAAUAAAAGGUGUUAUUAAUAUGGGCUCCUAUAACUACCUUGGAUUUGCACAAAAUAAUGGAACUUGCCAGCAGGCAGCAGCUAAAGUUUUGUCCCAGUAUGGAGCUGGGGUGUGCAGCAGUAGGCAAGAGAUGGGAAACUUGGACAAACAUGAGGAGCUGGAAAAGCUAGUUGCCAGAUUUCUAGGUGUGGAAUCUGCAAUGGCAUAUGGCAUGGGAUUUGCAACCAAUUCUAUGAACAUUCCAGCUUUAGUAGGCAAGGGCUGUCUAAUUUUGAGUGAUGAAUUGAACCAUGCGUCUCUAGUGCUUGGGGCAAGACUAUCGGGAGCAGCUAUUCGAAUCUUUAAGCACAACAAUAUGCAAAGCCUGGAGAAGCUGCUCAAAGAUGCUAUUGUACAUGGGCAACCUCGUACACGGAGGCCCUGGAAAAAAAUUCUUAUCUUGGUGGAAGGAAUAUACAGUAUGGAGGGAUCCAUAGUCCGUUUGCCUGAAGUGAUUGCCCUUAAGAAGAAGUAUAAAUCCUAUCUGUACCUUGAUGAGGCUCAUAGUAUAGGGGCACUGGGUCCUACUGGUCGGGGUGUAGUGGAGUAUUUUGGUAUGAAUCCUGAUGAUGUUGACGUAUUAAUGGGAACAUUCACAAAGAGCUUUGGUGCAGCUGGAGGAUACAUAGCUGGCAAAAAGGAGCUGAUUGAUUACCUCAGGACUCACUCUCACAGUGCUGUGUAUGCAACAUCACUAUCACCUCCUGUUGUGGAGCAAAUCAUCACCUCCAUGAAGUGCAUUAUGGGUGAAGAUGGUACAACUUUUGGGAGAGAGUGUGUUCAGCAGUUAGCAGAGAACACAAGGUAUUUCAGGAGACGACUGAAAGAGAUGGGCUUUAUCAUCUAUGGAAAUGAAGAUUCCCCUGUUGUGCCUCUGAUGCUGUACAUGCCAGCAAAAAUUGGUGCGUUUGGGCGUGAGAUGCUGAAGCGGAACAUUGGUGUUGUGGUUGUGGGCUUCCCUGCAACUCCCAUCAUUGAGUCCAGAGCCAGGUUCUGUUUGUCUGCAGCUCAUACCAAAGAGAUGCUUGAUACGGCUUUAAAAGAAAUCAAUGAAGUUGGGGACCUUUUGCAACUGAAAUAUUCCCGUCACCGUUUGGUACCUCUCUUGGACCGGCCAUUUGAUGAGACUACAUAUGAAGAAACAGAAGACUGAGCACUCCGUAUGCCUUGGUGGGAGGGACACACCCGAUGGGACACUCUGUGGCAUGCAGGCCACAGUCUGUGAACAACACACUUAUGACUGCUUAGUGUAAAAGACAUUUCCUCACAAUACUGAAGUGGCCACAUCAAUUCUAAAUGGCAUUUUGUAAAUAGAGAGAGGAGAAGCUAAAAAAACAAAACAACAGAAAACCUUUGAUUCAUGUGUCUUCAGGGUCUGGCCCUAGAGGUGCUUGGCUUUAUUUCUUCAUGUUGCUUUUUUAUUUAUUUAUCUCAGUAAGUUCAUAGCUAUCCACGUUGGCUGUGGCUGAUCAGCUCAGAAUUUGUUAUGCACCAGUAGCCUCCCAGAUGCUAGCUGAGAUGUUGUGAGCAUGUGUGACGCUGGCAUGGCAGCAUUUCCAGUGUCACUGCUAGGUGUCUGAACUUGUAGUGAGGGGUGAGCUGACCUGUCUGUUGAUUGGAGACUUCCUAGAGAAACUGUUGAUUGCUAACUUUGACAUAUUUAACAAGAUUGAUAAUCAACCAAAGCUUUUUUCUUUUGCAGUUACUUGUUUAAAACUUGAAUAUAGCUUUUUUAAAAUAAAUGUGUUGCUGACAUGGCACUGACAGGACCAUUGUUCCCAAACAUUAUUCAGUUUUACAAGCCACAGGCAGUAAGACUUCUGGGACUCUAACUUCUUUUCCUUCCUGGUAUGGAUACCAGAUUGCCUCCUGGUUUUGACAGUAAUUGUCCUCUUCAUAUAGGGUAAGUGAUGGAGCGAUGUUGUUGUUAGUGAAUUUUAAAAUGGGGAUGAUUUGUCUUUUGUCUGACAUACUUCUGUUUUUUUGGGUUUUUGUUUUUGUUUUUUGUUUUUUGUUUUUAAAGAGGUUUAAAUGUGUAUUGCUUUCUUGGUUUCUCAUCUUCACAUUACUUUGCCUUAGAACUAGUAUAAAACCACAAAUAAGCAUAUCUAGUAGCUGCUAGGUUCUGGAAAGAUGUUCUUGGAAUUAAGUGAACUAUAGCAAGAGUUCUGCUUCCUGUUAAGUCUAGGACUUCUGCACGAUGGCUUAGAACUACUUAUCUCAUGCAGAUCUGUGAGAGUGAUUGCUACCCUCUGCCACACUAAUUCACUGUUUCUUGUCAUGUAUGAGAUGUUCUUGUUGUGCAAGGCUUUUACGUGGAAAGUAUGAACAGCUUGGAUCUGUAUCACAUGCUUCAGCCAGUCAGCAAAGUCUCAGCAGGUAACUGCAUAUCAUGUCUAUGUAGGCCUUCCCUGAAAAGCAAAUGUCUUCACAAUUGCAAUUAGUUUGAGAUCAUUACUUUUUUAUGUUUCUGUUACUGAGGCCAAAUCAAUGUUAAUUGAGGCCGUAGCUGUUGAGAAUCUCUUUUUUUUUUUUUUCUCCAAAUUCCACGUUGUCCUGCUCUGAUCAAAGUUGUGAAGAGCCACCUUUGCUUUAGCGCACCUUGGAGAUGGUCUUUAACGUAGUCAUAGCGUCCUGAGUUCUUUCAGUGAGCAAAAUGGGUUGUUUGAGUGAUACCAGAAUUAUUACGACUGGGAUCAGUUGCAGUAUAGCUCCUGGUGUGUUUUGUUUUUCCUUCCCCAUUCCAGAUAUACAGAUUAUCUGCAAAAAUAGUAAUGCUUCAGCAUUGCGUAAUUUGGGUUUGGUUAGCAUGGGUUUGCAGAUAGUUGCAGAGGUUUUUAAACAAAUUCUUCAUCUUAAAGCAGGCUGCAGUUCAAAGUAAUGUGGUGUUUAUAUAAGUUUAUUUUAUGUUCAUUCUUGCAAGUAACAGGGGAAAAAGCUCUUUGGUCACUGGAACCAAGUAGUUCUGCAAAGACAUCUUGUUGAUUAAAGCAGAACUGGUUUCCCUUUUACCAAGUAUCUUCACACUUUUAUAGAUCUUUUCAUGUGUCAAUGUAGCUGAAAUUAGAAACACUGUUUUGACUUUUACCGUUGCAUUUCAGAAAUUUAAUUAGAUGAGAAUUAAAACUGUUUCAGAAUAGGUUUGGGUUAACCAUUUCUGUUUCAGUCCCCUAAUGCUGAUUUGCUGGCCUUUGGAGCAAGGUGUGUGUGCAGCCCAAGAAGUCUGUAACAUGCAUGUGCAGCCUUGCUAGCUAUGAAGUAAUCUCGUUUGCUCAGACACAGAGUAAACUGCAGUUACGUGAGCUUACUUAAACAUUGGGCCUUUCUCACCUGCAUUCUGCCCAGGACAAGCUCUAACAUUCCAGCAGAUGACCUGCUUUCUGACUUGAAGCAGUUUUACCUCAAAGAAUUGUUCUUUUCCUUUCUUGGUUGUAGCAGGGAACAAGAGGAGGUCAGUAAAGGAAUCCUCCUUCCAGACUCCAUUCCUGGUACUGUUGAUUCAAUCCUGGAACAGCUUGAGCUGACAAAACCAGCUGACUCAGACAUAAGCCAGUUUGGGAGCUGUUUCGAGCCUUCUGAGAUUUACAGCAUGCUUGUAUCUGCAGCGUGGUCAGCCAACUUGAACCUCAUGAUGCGUUAAGUUAGAGAUGGGUUACAGCAGAUCCUAUGAGUCUCUAGUCUUAAUCUUGUUCCUGAAAUACAGUUUUAGUGCAGCUUAUUUUUGGAUAGGAGGAAAAUGGCUGAGUAAAUCUCAAUAAUUCCAAUAACUCCUAUGUAAUGCAUCUGGAACUGUCCGCGUUCUAAAAUUAUAAGUCGCCGUGUUGGGAUUCCAGUUGUGCUUGUCCAGUUGCACUUGUUUGAGGAGGCUGUGUUCAUGCUAAACUUCAGCCCUUCAGUAUUUUUCUGCUGUGUUGUGCUGUCUGCGUAGGACUUGGAAUUCCAGGUUUCAAAGACAUUUCAGAAAUCAUUAGGCAGUCAGUUGCAUUUGCAAACUGCUCGGUUACAUUUCAUUGCCACAUCCUUCUGGGAGAGCAACGUUUCCCACCCUAACAUCCCCAGGAGGCGGUUAUUCAGGGGAACCUGUUUUGCCAAACUCUGGUACCUGAUAAAACCCCUCCUGAAAAUUAGUAAGUCUAACAUACAGCAUUUCUGUGUUAAAAAAUUUACCAAGCUUGAAAGCCAGGAAAAUAAUUUCACACCUAUUGAAACACUCUGCUCCUAAGGGUGAAGGAGCAGACCACUACUGGUUUGUGGUAGGCAAGCCUACAGCAUGCACACUGUCACUGUGGUGUACAGGGAGGACUGCUGGUCUGAUAUUUAUGUACUGACUAGAAAUCUGUCUCCAUUCAUUUCUACUGUUAGGACAAAAGGAAAGAUCCGAUCUUGAGAGAUCACAAAGGAAAAAAGGCUACUUGAGAAAUAGACUCCAGUCCCUGCCAACUUCUCUGAGACAUUCUAAUUGAAAAUGACUCCUGGUAUUUCUUAAGAGGGACAAAAUUCAAAAGAAAAUGAAGGCUGCUUUUGAACAAAGGAUGUUGCCCUUUACUGUACGUUGUCUGAACUUAUUCACAAAUACACAAUAGUUACCUUCCCUGUACCUUUCUAGAGAACUUAGCCAGAAAGAUUUUGCCUCUGCUGAGCUGAGUGAAGAGUUCAGAAGCUGCUGAUCCUAUUCUUGUAAGAAAAUAGGGGCUCUUAGUACCCAGCAUCAGUGAAGAGUGAGAGAUCUGCUGCUUGUUAAAUCUGGCCUUUGCAAAUCAGAGAGACCUUUGUCUUGAGGAGCCUGAUUCAUACAUUCUCUAAUUUUUUUCCUUAGUUCUUUAGCAGAGUGGAAACAAAGUCGGGUGGGUGUUUGGUUUUUUUCCUGUUUGUGUUUGUAACCAAGUAUUCAGGGCUGCUUUUUUAAAUUGCUUUUGUUUUUUUACACAAGAUGUGUACUUAUGUAUAAUAUGUGUAUACGGUGUAUUUAACUCUUUCGGUUUCUGUGUUGUUUUUUUUCCCCCUUUGAAGUAGCAUCUCUAGAACUAUUCUGGUUCUUGGUUUGGUGGUGUAGUAUGCUUCUGCUUUAGGCAAAGUCUCAGGAGUGAACCAACCAAGCAUCUUAAGGUGAUGAAGUCAUUUAGUGAAGGAAUUGCAUCAUCUGUCCACUUUUUCUGUCUCUCUGAAGAAUGUAGAAGUGGAACCUGCUGUACCUUCACAUAGAACAGGAAAGGGGAGUGUUCCAGUGAAAUCGGUGAUCCAGCCCUGUGCUGUGUGGAUGAAGGAAAUCUGACUUCCUGAUACGUCAGGGUUGGAGAAGGGGGUGGUCGGUCAUCAGUAAUUGUCAGUGUACGGGGAUCUUUCAUGAGUACUGGAACAAGGAUCCUUAAGGUAGGAAUGCAGCUUCAGUGCCCCGAAGGGAUACUUCUGUCCAACUUUUCCAUGCCAAGUAAUCAAAUACUUCUGUGCAAAUAUGUCUUUACCUCCAAAAUGUCCUUUACUUAUUCCUAUCUUCUCACCAGAAGCCAUAUUAUCUAUUCAGACAGACCAUAGGAGAGGUUAAAGGAAAGCUGUGGGCAUGAGCUGUCUGCUUCAUCUGAGAGAACAUCUUGCAGCAUUGUAUUUGGGGUGCAUGACCUCCCUCAGUUCAUCACAGAAUGGAACUUUUACACAUUUACUCUGUGCUGAAUAAUCUGUUUAGUGAAAAAUGGCUGCAGUUCAUACCCAGCCUGUGAAAGCCAAGCUCAGGGGGUCUGUGUGGCUCACAGCUUCUGUCUGGAGCUCAGAGGUAGUUGUGAAAUGUUCUAGUGGUGGUGAAGCACUGAGCUGUCAGCGAAUGACUCGUAUUCAUCCCUCAGCAGGGGAAUUGCUGGCUUCGGUGCUGCACCUGGUGUUGGACACCAGUUGGGGAAGCACCAGUCGUAUGGCCUGUGUCACUCCAAAGUGGCUUUAAGAGGGCAAAAACAAAACCCAGAACCUCGUGUGUGAUGUGAACCUCAUGUGUGAUGGCUUGCGUUCCUGCAAGCAUUCCCUGUCUCACAAGUUGUCUGUUCAAGGGUUGGGGUGUGAAUUUAGAGCACAGCCAUAUUUGUGUGAGUGCUGUGACUGUGACUGAGGAGAGGUGUUUGGUGCAGAUGCUGUUUACAUCCCUGUAAGGGGUGAGUGUAGGAGUUGACGACUGUGGUGUGUGUUGAAGGCCUUAAACUGUGACUUGGUAUGAAGAAUUAAAACCAACCUUGGAAGAUGCAGUGGAUUUUAACCCAGAUAAGAAUACUCUGUGCUCUUAGCUAAGCAAUAUGUGCUCCUGUUUCCUUGUGAGGGGAAGGUCUAGCUCUACUUUCUGAGCCCAGCCAGCAGCUGUUAAGGAGCAGGGAGGUGUGUAUUGAAGGCCAAAAACAGUGCAGCUCUGCACUGAUGUUCCUAUGUAGCAAACAUGGGUGACUGACCCUGGGCCGCUGAGAGGGUGGGGGGUGCCAGCAGCAAUGGCAGCCAGCGGCGAUUUCAGUAGGAGGUGACCGGGUCUCACCUGAGUUAUGUCACAGGUUGGUGUAGUUUCAGAAAUACCCUCGGUGAUGUAAAACGCGCACCAAAGCAGCUGGUUUUUACUUUAAUUUGCCAAAUCUCAUGCUGUCCAGACAGCGUUUCUGCUACCCCCUAACGGUGUGCUGAGCUAACUGCAGCCCCAGCCUUCUGCUAUCAGAGCAGCGAGAGGUGAGCAGCACUUGGAGCCUGAGGCUUUGGGUCGUCAGCCCGGAGCCAAUGGUGGCCCACGUUUCCACGAGCCCCUGGGCAGCAUUACCGAGUCACGGCACUUAAUCCUGAAUUGCACUGUGUUCCUAUGCCUCCGUGUUGCUAUAAUGUACAUAUCGAUCGGAUUCUUUUUGUAGAUAAGACAUUUUAGAUAAAAUUUUUAAACGGGCUCCCCACCCCCCAAAUAUUUUAUGCCAGAUGUCUAGUUUUUUUUACACCGGGGAUUAACGUGAGGUUGGAUGCUGUGUGGGCAGGGGAAGGAUAAAUGGAUGGUACAUUGGCUUUAAAAAGGUAACAAAUGCAUGUUUUAAAAAGAAAACUGGAGGGGAAAAAAAAUACCGCUUGGAAAAAGAAAACUCCAUUGAACUAUAUUCUAUGUUCUGCAUAAUAAAGAGUUUAAAAAGAAAA